AUGAAUAUCACUAAAAAUACGAUUAUUUUAUUCUUUUUGUGUAUUCUUAUCGCCUCUGGCGUUCUUGCCCAAGCACCAUCACCAACAGAUUCAAGUGCUUCUGCUCCAGCCACAACCUCUGCCAAAGCAUCGGCUGCUUCAAGCGUUCGUGUUGACGGUUUUGGAAUGAUCAUUGGUUCUUUUGUUGCUUUAUUCAUUGGUGUAUCCAAUGAAGAUAGUUAUCCAGAUGAUAACUUUGAAUGCGAGUUUUUGGAUUUUGGGCCUGAUGUCGACAAAAGUAAUUAUCCAAGUGAUGAUUUUGAUUGCGAAUUUUAUGUCAAUGAGGAUGAAAGCUAUACAACAACAAUUCAAGGACAACAAGAUGGAUGGCGAUGGGAGGUUUUUUUUAAAAAGACUGCAUUGCAAACGCCAACUCUUGAAACUUUUUUUGGAGUAACCCGAGAAAAAAUGUCUGUUAAUAAAGCUCCUAUUAUUGAGUCAUUAGAGGAAUGUGAAUUCGAAGAUAUUGAUGAAAUUGAUGAGAAUGAGGAACAAGAAAAGGAUUCUUUAAAAAUCGCAAUUGUAGACCUUCAAAAAAAUAUUCAACAACAAAACUCACCUGUUCUCAAAUUACGCCUUCAGGCUAUGUUUCAAUAUCUUAAUCUACUUAAUAGAAAAUGGUUAAAAAUGGAUACAGCAAGG